GGGGACAGGAUCAGUUCAAUCGGAAUCGCUUAGAAAGGACUAACCGUUUCCUCGGAUCUAAUACUUUUCCUUUCUAACCGCUCUGAUUGCCUUUCUUCUAGGUACUCUCUUGCAUUACGUUUCAGCCUAUUGCGGCACUAUAUUUGAUACUCGUUACGACACAUUACCUUGUCUUUGAAAAAUGGAAAGUCCCAAAACUUUGUUCAUUGAUUUAACCGAUGAAGUUGCGGAAGCUGCUCAAGUGGAGCCUUCUGUCGCCAGUCGCGUCAUCUCUUUCUUCGACAAAGGAUUCACUGUACCAUUCAUCGCUCGAUACAGGAAGGAGGCCACUGGAGGAUUACAGCCUACGGUGCUCCAUCGUUUGAAGGAAAAGAUUAACGACUGCAGAUUAUUGAUGGAGAAAAUUGAUAAAUCUCUUCAAUAUUUCAACAAGAAGGGUCUUAUGACUGAUGAGUUAUCUCGAAAAUUGAGACAGUGCAGAUCGGCAGAUGAGGUUAAGCUUAUCACAGAACCUCUGAAACCCAAAGGACCACGCACUCUCUCGGCCCGUGCAAGGGCUUUGGAUUUGGAGCCCUUGGCGCUGAAGGUGCUUAACUCUAAAUGUUUCGUGGACCUUUUCAAAGAAGCACCACCAGCAGCCCUAAAAACUUUCAAGUCACAAAAGGGUGUUGAGGAAGCCGUACAGCAUAUUAUUUCUGACAUAUUCGCCAAAGAUCUCGAGCUUAUACGCAAGGCCGAACAAUUAUGCACCAUUCACUCACCCGUCGUUCACACCACCCAAAGAUCAGCGCGGUCAUCAUCUGUGAAGCCAGAGCCCCGAAGUGCUUCUGUUGAGACUCACAUGGAGGUGGACAGUGUGGAUCUUUUCAGUGAUCUGAGUCAAAUUGGUUCUUCGGGAGAUGUACCAAGGAACUUCGCGAAAGACGACCUGAUCACUUUUAAAAACUACCUAAAAUUUUCUCGUCCCGUUUCGAAAUUGCAUGCUCAUCAGAUUCUAGCCAUUAACCGUGCUGUUGAGAGAGGCGUCAUUUCGAUCAAAUUGGUUUUCCCAGUAGCCAUCGAAUUGCAACUUCGUCGUUUUGUGGAAGAGAAGUACCUACCAAAUGUACAUCCUUCACACUUGGCGUACGUUCAUGGCGCAUUCAAUAGCGCAUGGAAACGUCUCAUUGAGCCUCACGUUGCACGCAUUGUAAAGAGUAAAUUAACAACGCGUGCUCAAGACACCUCACUAGAGGUGUUUACAGAAAACUUGCGCCGACGGCUAAUGACCGCCCCCCUGCGUGCGUCUAGUCCUGAGGCCUAUUUUAUGAGUAAUAAAGAAAAUGACAUUUCCGCCGGAGUGAUAUCGUCUUCUUCUGCUGCACCUGGCGAUCGGCUGCCGGUUGUUGGCCUUGAUCCCGGAUGGCGCCACGGAUGUAAGUGGGCUGCCUGUGAUCCACAUGGAGACCUUCUGGCCACUGGCAUCGUGUGGCCCCCGACUACCAUCGCGAAGCACCAGCGCGCCUCACAGCACAAUGGGCUCGCUCAGCUCACAGCGACAAUGCAACGCCACAACAUCAGCACCAUAGCUUUGGGUAAUGGACAAGGGAGUCGUCAAACUGGUUUGUGGCUUGCAGAACUCAUCACUAUCGGUCACUUUUAUCCGCUCUCUGUUCGAUUUGCCGUGGUGAGUGAGGCUGGAGCCUCUUGGUACAGUGCAUCCCCGCUGGCAGAUUCCGAACUGCCCACACUGGAUGUCAGCUUUCGCGGAGCUGUAUCCAUCGCUCGUCGUCUCCAAGAUCCACUAUCUGAGCUAGUCAAAGUGGACCCAAAACACCUAGGUGUGGGAAUGUAUCAGCAUGAUUUAUCGGAGAAGCGGCUCAUAAAUGCUGUGAACGGCGUGAUGGAAGAGUGCAUUAGCUUCGUGGGCGUUGAUUUAAACGCCGCGCCCUUACACAUCCUCUCCCGUAUAUCUGGUCUUUCCGAAACUAAAGCCAAAUCCAUCGUUGCUUAUCGUUCUCAAGUCGGUUUAUUCCGGACUCGGGAGGAUUUGCUUAAAGUGAAAGGCAUUGGCCGGUCCACAUUCGCUCAGUGCGCCGGGUUCGUACGAAUUCGGCCGCCGUUUUCUAACGUUCUGCUGGAUGGCUCCAAAGACGUUGAAAUGAUCUCGAUAUCCAGUGAGAAUACAGAUGAUGAUGCUUCGUUGUGCAAACCUGGGUCUAAGCGAAAGCUUCCCACCACCUCUGGCCACAUAAAGCGACCGAAGUGCUCUCGUACAACCCCUGACUUCCUUCAUUUCAACCCCCUAGACCAAACUGCUGUACACCCAGACACCUACAAUAUUGCAACUGCACUGAUUGAAUCGUUAAAAUGUGAACUGACAGACGUUGGAAAGCCGCGGUUACGCGAGGCCGCGUCCAUUUUCAUGAACACCCCAGACCGCGAUGAGCGACUGAAGCAGUUUUGUACAGAGACCUAUGGUUUGGACACGUUACGAGAUAUCGUGGAGGCCCUUAGACGACCUUUGGAUUUUGACGAAAGACAAGACUGUUUCCUCCCACUAUUCCAUUCGUCUGCAAUGAGUUUAUCCGACUUGCGUCCCGGUAUGCAGGUGAGCGGUCGUGUUGAAAAUGUGACAACCUUCGGGGCUUUCUGUGAUAUCGGAGUGCAUCAAGACGCAUACAUACCCAGACAUAUGUAUCCACAAACCAAACAGUCUGAUGGACUCUUUUCUCUGCGUCUCGGCGAUCGCAUCACUGCUGUCGUCAGCCACGUGCAUGUCAACCAAGGGCGAAUUGCGUUAGAAAAGGUUUCAGUUUUACCUCCUGUCUCGUGCUCAUGAUAUUUACUCUAUUUCACCGACCAUUUGUUCUGUAUACUUUUUUCCACAAUGUGUACACUGUUUUCUUACUAGUUUGAGCCGUUUUCCUGAAUAGAUGACAUAUGUUUUGCUGUCUAUUCUUUGUUUGUCCACGCCGCACCUUCCUAGUUCUAAUGUUUCUCUCGUUUUCCGCUUUAGUCACGUGCCUAUGACCUGUCUGAUCCACCGUGCACCCCGCUACUUUAACUAACUACAUGCUAAUUCACCUAACAGCCUAGCAGCCAUUCACAUGUGAAUAGGUGAUACCGUUCCGUUUCGGCACUCACACAUUUCCUCCGUCAAUUUAUCUUAGACAUGAAAUGCAC